AUGCUUAUUUCAAAAUCUAAGAUGCUCAGAGCAUUUUGGAUAGUAACCAGCAUAGUUCUCCUGGCAUCUGCCACUGUUGAUGUUGGAAAACUGGAAGAAUUUGAAGAUUACCAAAAGUUCACGAAUGAAUCUUUAUUAUGGGCACCGUAUAGAUCCAAUUGUUACUUUGGUAUGAGGCCUAGAUAUGUUCGUGAAAGUCCGCUGAUUAUGGGUAUCAUGUGGUUCAACAGUUUGAGCCAGGAUGGUUUACAUUCAUUAAGACAUUUUGCUACCCCUCAGGAUAAAUUACAAAAGUAUGGUUGGGAAGUGUAUGAUCCAAGAAUUGGCGGUAAAGAGGUCUUUAUUGAUGAGAACAAUAACCUUAAUUUGACAGUGUACUUUGUAAAAAGCAAGAACGGGGAAAAUUGGUCAGUGAGAGUUGACGGCAAGCCUUUGGACCCCAAGAGACCAUCUACGGCAUCUGUCGUAUUGUAUUUCAGUCAAAAUGGUGGAGAGAAAGAUGGAAAAUCUUCCCUAGCAAUGAUAGGUCGUGAUGGUUCUAAUGACAUGAAAUUCUUUGGAUAUUCUAAAGAAUUGGGCGAGUACCAUCUUACAGUAAAGGACAAUUUUGGACACUAUUUCAAUAAUCCGGCAUAUAACACUAUGGAAGUGGCGCCAGGAAGCGACUGCUCCAAAACAAGUCAUGUAUCACUUCAAAUCCCGGAUAAAGAAGUUUGGAAGGCUCGCGAUGUUUUCCAAUCUUUAGUUAGCGAUUCGAUACGUGAUAUACUUGAAAAGGAAGAGACAAAACAGCGUCCAGCCGAUUUGAUACCAAGUGUUUUAACUAUUAGAAACUUGUACAAUUUUAAUCCUGGAAAUUUUCAUUAUGUACAAAAGACAUUUGACUUGACCAAAAAAGACGGGUUCCAGUUUGAUAUCACCUAUAAUAAACUAGGCACAACUCAAAGUAUUUCCACCAAGGAACAAGUUACUGAGUUGAUUACUUGGUCACUGAAUGAAAUAAACGCGCGUUUUGACAAGCACUUUAUUUUUGGAGAAGGACCCGAUUCAAUUGAAAAUGCAGAAGUCAAAAGAAGAUUUGCUUUAGAGACGCUAUCAAACCUGUUGGGAGGGAUUGGCUAUUUCUAUGGAAAUCAACUGGUUGAUCGUGAAACAGAGUUUGAUGAAAGUCAGUUUGCAGAGAUUAAAUUAUUGAAUGCAAAAGAGGAAGGCCCCUUUGAAUUGUUUACCAGCGUUCCGAGCCGUGGCUUUUUCCCACGUGGAUUCUAUUGGGAUGAAGGUUUUCAUCUUUUACAGAUUAUGGAGUAUGAUUUUGACCUUGCCUUUGAAAUCCUGGCAAGCUGGUUUGAAAUGAUCGAAGACGAUAGUGGCUGGAUUGCUAGAGAAAUUAUAUUGGGUAAUGAAGCAAGAAGUAAAGUUCCAGAGGAAUUUCAGGUACAAAAUCCCAAUAUUGCUAAUCCUCCAACUUUGUUGCUGGCAUUUAGUGAAAUGCUUUCCAGGGCCAUCGAAAAUAUCGGCGAUUUCAACAGUGAUAGCUACAACCAGGUAAUAUUUAAUGGUAGAACAACCAAGUUUAUGACGAACAAUCUAGAGGCCAAUUCUGAUCUACUAACUGAAUAUGCCAAGAAAAUAUACCCUAAGCUAUUAAAGCACUAUAAUUGGUUCAGAGAAUCUCAAGCAGGUCUGAUUGACGAAUAUGCGGAAAUAUUGGAAGAUGAAGGAAUAUGGGAUAAGAUUCAUAAGGAUGAAGUUUACAAGUGGGUCGGACGUACCUUCACUCAUUGUUUACCAAGCGGUAUGGACGAUUAUCCUAGAGCACAACCACCUGACGUAGCAGAAUUGAAUGUAGACGCAUUAGCUUGGGUGGGCGUCAUGACAAGAUCCAUGAAGCAAAUCGCUCACGUGUUGAAAUUGUCAGAAGACGAGGAAAGAUAUGCACAAAUCGAACAGAAUGUCGUGGAAAAUUUGGACUUGUUACACUGGAGUGAAAAAGACAAUUGCUACUGUGAUAUCAGCAUCGACCCCGAAGACGAUGAAAUUAGAGAAUUUGUCUGUCAUGAGGGUUACGUCUCUUUACUGCCCUUUGCAUUGAAGCUCAUCCCCAAAAACUCACCCAAGCUAGAGAAAGUAGUUGCAUUGAUGAGUGACCCAGAAAAAAUCUUUUCUAACUAUGGCCUACUAUCAUUAUCAAGACAAGACCAGUAUUUCGGCAAGGAUGAAAACUAUUGGAGAGGCCCAAUUUGGAUGAACAUCAAUUACUUGUGCCUUGAUGCAAUGAGAUACUACUACCCUGAGGUGAUUUUUGAAGUGGCUGGUGAGGCUAGCAAUGCCAAGAAACUGUACCAAAGUUUAAAGACUAAUCUGAGUAACAACGUUUACAAAGUUUGGAAAGAACAAGGGUAUUGUUAUGAAAAUUACAGUCCGAUAGAUGGGCAUGGUACUGGUGCUGAGCAUUUCACAGGUUGGACAGCACUGGUAGUCAACAUCCUUGGACGUUUCUGA